UAAUCUCGAGAUAUUUUGCCCUAUAAUAAAGGCUGCAAUGAAAGUAUCCAUCAUCUUUAGUGGUAGCCAUCAUGGGUUUGAAAUUAAAGAGCCUGUUGCUUUUGCCACUGGCAUUCCUUCUGGUUCAAUCCCAUGAGCAGGAAUGGUGGGAAACCACCAUAUUCUAUCAGAUCUAUCCAAGAUCUUUUAAGGACAGUGAUGGCGAUGGCAUCGGUGACUUGAAUGGUAUUACCGAAAGCUUGGAGUACUUGAAAGAGCUGGGAGUCGGAGCAACAUGGCUUUCUCCUAUUUUCAAAUCGCCAAUGUACGAUUUUGGUUACGACAUUUCCGAUUUUUACGAAAUUCAAGAUGAGUACGGAACCAUGGAAGAUUUCCACAAGCUUAUUGAAAAAGCAAAUGAACUGGAUAUCAAGGUAAUCUUAGAUUUCGUACCAAACCACGGCAGCAAUGAAAGUAUGUGGUUUGAAGAAGCCCUGAAAGGUCAUGAAAAGUAUUUCGAUUACUUUGUGUGGGAAGACGGAGUAGUUGAUGAAACUGGAAAACUUAACCCUCCCAACAACUGGGUUAGCGUAUUCCGUAAAAGUGCUUGGGAAUACAGAGAAGAAGUCGGCAAAUACUAUCUUCACCAAUUUGUGAUUGGUCAACCAGAUUUUAACUUCCGUAACCCUGAUGUCCUCGAAGAAAUGAAGAACAUAAUCCGAUUUUGGCUAAACAAAGGUGUUGCUGGAUUCAGAGUAGACGCCGUUGCUCAUCUGUUUGAAGCAGACAAAGCAAAGCACGGUGGAGUGUACCCUGAUGAGCCAAAAACAGGACAAACUGAAGACCCUGAUCACUACGAUUAUUUAGAUCACAUUUACACUAAAGAUCAAAACGAAACCUUCGGUGUGGUUUACGAUUGGAGGGAAGUAUUUGAGGAGAUCAAACAGAAAGAUGGUUUGACUCGAGUCAUGAUGGUCGAAGCCUACUCCAGCCCUCAGCUUUCGAUGAGGUACUUUGGUGAUGGUGAACGUGAUGGUGCUCAAAUGCCUUUCAAUUUCGUUCUCAUAACUGACGUCAAUGGUGAAUCUACUGCUGGUGAAAUCAAAUACGCUUUGGACAAGUUUUUGACUUUCAAACCUAUUGACCAACACGCUAACUGGGUGGCUGGAAACCAUGACAACAACAGAGUAGCAUCAAGAUUCAGCCCAGAAGUGGUUGAUGGUAUCAACAUGAUUGUACUUUUGCUUCCUGGAAUAGCUGUUACGUACAUGGGUGAAGAGCUUGGCAUGGUUGACGGGUAUGUGAGCUGGGAAGAUACCGUAGACCCUAGUGGCUGUAACACUGACCCCAUCAACUACGUGACAGCUUCAAGAGAUCCUGAAAGAACGCCUUUCCAGUGGAGCGCAGAUGUCAAUGCUGGAUUCUCUACUGCUCAAAAGACCUGGUUACCUGUUGCUGAAGGCUAUGAAACACUAAACGUGGAAGUACAGAGGCAAGCAGAGAAAUCUCACCUGACCAUAUACAAACAUCUGUCAUCUCUUCGCAAAGAGGCUGUGUUCAGACAUGGCAGAUAUGAGUCGGUUGCGUUCAACAAUGAUGUCUUUGCGUUCAGGAGGUGGUACAAGGGUGAGAACUACGUUAUCAUAAUCAACUUCAGAGACAACCCUCACACGAUCAACUUGGAGUACUUUGAAAACGUCACCGGCCACAUGGAGGUGGUCGAGAGUAGCAUAUUGUCACCAAAGAAGGCCGGGGAAGAAAUCCACGCUGACCAUUUGCAUGUUGAAGGUUACGAAGCUAUUGUGCUGAAGGUUGCAAAUUAAUUUGUUGUUUUUGACUAUGACGUAGCUUGUAAUUUACAGUAAAAUUCCUUGAUUAAGUAAAAAUUUUGAUUAAUGCUUUAGAAAUUCGUUUUAGAGAACUCUUUUAGAAAGCUGACAGUUAAAAUACUGUAAAUACUCGUAGUUUAAAUACGUACACUAAAUUAUUUAUAAAUACUAAAAUAAAGAUUUAGUUUUUUAAUUAA